UUCACCUACCUCAGGAGGAGCCCAGGAUCUCUCAUUUCAUUAUUUAAUACUCGUUGUUCCUUUGACGUUGUUUCUAACGUUAACAGCAUAUCUUCUAGGAAGCUGCUGACUAGCGCAGAUUUAACGCUGAUGCCCGGACGCCGUUACGGUCUUGUGGGUCGCAAUGGUAUUGGCAAAACUACCCUUCUAAAGGUUCUUUCCAGCGGUCAGCUGGUGAUUGGCUCCAAUAUUCGCGUUUUGCAUGUUGAGCAAGAAGUGAACGCUGAGGACACUACGGUGCUGAACUGUGUUCUUGAAUCUGACGAGAAGCGCCAGAUGCUGUUGAACGAAGAACGACUGAUCGAGACAACAAACGGACCAUUGCUUGCUCGAUUGAAAGAGAUUUACGAAGAAAUGCAAGCUUGCGAGUUCGACAAGGCCCCCGCCAAGGCAGCCUGUAUCUUGCAUGGUCUUGGCUUUAAGUUGGCUGACCAAAACAGGGCCACGAAGGAAUUUUCAGGAGGAUGGCGAAUGCGAAUCGCCCUAGCCAGGGCACUCUUUGUAAAACCUGAUCUGCUUUUGUUGGAUGAACCGACAAACAUGUUGGACAUGAAAGCGCUGCUGUGGUUAGAAAAUUACCUCCAGGACUGGUCAUCGACAUUACUAACCGUUUCGCACGACCGAUGUUUCCUCAAUGCAGUUGCCACCGACAUCAUUCACAUGCACAGUCAGCGGCUAGAUUAUUACAGUGGAAACUACGACCAGUUCGCCCAUGCGAGGGAAGAGAAAUCACUAAAUCAGCGGCGUGAAUAUGAGGCACAGAAGCAGUUUCGUGAGCAUGUGCAGGAGUUUAUCGAUCGAUUUCGGUACAACGCGAAGCGCGCGUCAUUGGUUCAGAGUAAGAUCAAGAUGCUAGAAAAAUUACCUGUUUUGCAGCCAGUAGAAGUGGAUAGCGUGGUACAUCUCAGGUUUCCUCCGUGCGAAGCCGUGCAUCCACCGGUAUUGCAGCUGGACGAGGUGUCUUUCGGAUAUGUCAAAGGGUCGCCGAUUCUUGAACAUGUAAACAUCAGUGCAGACAUGGAUUCAAGGAUAUGCGUGGUAGGAGAAAACGGAAGUGGAAAAACCACCCUUCUGAAAAUUGUACUAGGAUUGAUCGAACCAACAGAAGGCCUGCGAAGCGUGAAUCGUCGACUGAAGAUAGCCUACUUUUCACAGCAUCACGUCGACCAGCUUGACUUGGACAUGUCUCCGUUGACUUUUUUCCAGUCUAAAUUCCCUGAAAAUAUAUUACUUUACGCUAACAGAUGGGUUGUAAUCAUUGCGCCAGGUUAUGCCACAGUAAGGCACCGGCCUUUCGCUUCUAGUCGUUUCAGGGGACCAUUUAAGCAGGCCCCGUCUCCGUGGUAA